AUGAGUUGGAUGUUCAAAAGAGACAGCCCUCUUCGCUCCAGUCUGAGGAGGAAGUAUUCUUUUAAGUUGCCUGAGGGGGCUGGCUUAGAAGUAUUUCAAACUCAUUGGCAGCAAGCGUAUAGUGUGAUAGAAAAAAAUGGAUCUUGGCAACAGUGUUCCAUAACGAAUGAUGAUGUGAGCAGCGUCAUUCACCAUCUGGAAAAAAUGAUAACCCUUCUUUUAGAAGAAGCACAACACUCUAAUGUUUGUAUUAAGAACGGAAAUCCUCAAACUGAACCUGAACCCACUGGUCCUUUACUCAACUAUUUAUUAAAAGAAGGAUGUUUGGAUAAAUUGUUGUCAUGGUCUAUGCGAAGUGGAGAAUAUGUAGAUAUUUUAAAGCAAGAGCAACUCAAAUUUUAUGAGAUCUUAGUCACCAACUGUCAUCAAGACCUCUUGUUCCACAAACCAAUUGUUCGUCCCCUUCUGCGACUGCUGGCCUCAUGUGGUGAAUGUGCUCAUAUUGACGUUGAGAAAAGGCUCAUCAUAUUGUUAAACACUUUGUGUGUCUGUCUUACGCAGUUUCCUGACCUGUUGCAAGUAUUUUUUGGAGCAAGCUCUGACCAUGGAUCUACAAGGUCAGAAAAACGAGACAUGUUUCUCAUAUUUUCACUUUUGAUUCCUUUUGUUCAUCGAGAAGGUGCAAUUGGUCAACAAGCUAGAGAUGCUUUAUUGUUAUGCAUGGCAUUAUCUCGGAGAAAUGAGAGCAUUGGUGUCUAUAUUGCGGAACAUUCCAACUUUUGUCCAGUGUUAGCAACAGGACUCAGUGGCUUAUACUCACUGCUCCCUAGAAAACUGCCCAGUGUUGCUGAAGACUGGUAUCGAUUUACAGCUGAAGAUAUAGCUGAAAUUUCUGAUCUUGCAAUGUUUCUUAAUUCUCUAGAAUUCUGCAAUGCAGUAAUUCAGGUUGCUCAUCCUCUAGUCCAAGAACAACUUAUGGAAUACCUUUAUCAAGGUUUCCUGUUUCCAGUCUUGGGGCCUGCUUUACAUCAGGAAGCUGUAGCAGUGCCUGUAGCCAGGCUUGAAAACACUUCAAAAUAUUUGAAUACAGUUGAAGAAAUAAUUGCAACGACUGCUUAUCUUGAACUUUUCAUGCGCACCAUAACAGAACCAAUAUUACUGCAGAUGUUUUUAAAAUUCAUUCUGACAGCAUCGUAUGAUGGACAUAGGGUUUUAAAUUCUUUAGUUGAUCGUCUGGGAGCUCAAAGUCGGUUGUGUCUUGUUACCAUGGCAUUGUUCAAAACUUUGUUGGAUUUGAAUUGUGAAGAUGUAUUGUUUGAGUUAGUGUUCAGGUACUUAAUCCCUUGCACACAUGUGAUGGUAAGCCAGCGUAGUCGAGUGAGGGAUUUAGAUUUUUAUAACCAAGCUGCUGAAAAAUUUUUGUCUUUGAUUCCUUCAUCAUCUGUGUUGCAUAACAAUUCUGAAAGUAGCCUUCCCACAAGCCAAAGUACUCCUUUAUCAUCGAUGCCCAUAACUUCUGGAUUCAGCAACUUGCAGAAUUUCACGCCGAAGUCUCGAGGUGGAAGCCUCAGGUUAAAGCGUCAUCACAGAUCUCCUUCUACAUCAAGUUUUGCUUUUGGGGAAUUUGAAAAAGUUCAUUCUCAGACUGAAUGGUACACAAAUAUACCUGAAAUUCAACCAUCCAGCUAUAUUGAUUAUUUGAGAGAGGCUCACCAGAAUGUUAAAACAUGUACUAUUGCUUGUCGCACUUGGUCAGCUGCUUAUGAUGGAUUAGAACCUCUCCCAAAUUCUCUAAACCAAAGCAAAGAAAAUGAAGAUUUUAGUCAAAAUAAUAUAGUUCAAAUUGAUAGGUUAAAGUUGACUGAUAUUGACAUUAUUAAUGAGCAGAUUAAAUCAUCCAAUGCACAAUUCUUACAAAAAAAUUGUGAUACAGAUUCCAGUGGAGUGUUAGAAUUAUCUUAUGCAAAUUUAGCUGUGCAUCAAGACAGUUUUAAAAACAUACCUCUGGAUAAAUCUAUGUUGGACAAUGCUGCUGCUAAAGACAGCUUUUUGCUUAAAAGUAUUAACAAGCAAAAAAGUGAAGCCAUGAGUAGUGAAGUGUUGAACGAAAUUGUGAAUGCUGAUGAUGAGAGAACGUUUUGGAAUUUAGUUUGCUCUACUCGCACACCAUCAUCAGUCGACAAUUUAGAUGAUAGCUUGGAAACUAUUGAUGGCUAUUUAAAUGAUGUUGAAGAGGUUGACGCCGGACAAGUGGGAAAGAUACAAGUGUGUUUUGCAGAAACGGUUGAUUUGAAAGAUGAAUGCUCGAAUGCAGAUUCCGGUGUUUUUGAAUCCAGGGACAGCUGUGUUUCAGAGAAGGACUCUGAAGUUUCUCCAAUUCUCAAUAGUGCCAAAACUAGUGAUCCUAAGGAUUCACUUUUUAUAUCUAUUCCGUCUUCAUGUUCUGUAAAAAAUGACUUGAAAAUUAAUUCAAACUCCGUGUCCGAAACAAGUACAAAGAGCAGCAAUAGUCCAGCAUCACCAGGUACCUGGGAAUCAUUUGGCAGUCCUGAUAUUGGACCCUUUUUAAGUAUUAUUCUAACAAGGCUUGAAAUGAUGAUGCAGAAUGAUGUAUAUACUAAUUUACAUUUAACUGGAUUGAUCUCAAGGCUGGCCUAUUUCCCCCAACCUCUUCUUCGAUCUUUUCUUCUGAAUCCUUCUUUAGUAUUUCAACCAACUGUACGAAGUCUAUUUCAGGUCCUUGGCUCCCUGAAGCACAAAGUUGACAGCUAUUCUUACACUGUGGACAAUUAUGAAGAGCUUGUUAGCCAAAGUAAACAGUUUCUUUUAGCGAGAGAGGAACAUUUGCCACUACCUCCAGCAACACGGGUUUAUUCUGAUUCUUUGUCUCGGAUACGGAGCAGCACCAUUCCCGAACUUCGAAGAGGUGAGCCGCGCCGCAAAAGUUUAACCAAUUUCCUGUUUCGAAAAAGCAGUUUUUUGAGAAACAAGGAGCACAGCUUUGUCAAGGAACCUUCUUUAGAAUCCAUUUCUGAUGGCCAUGGAUAUAGGUACAUUAGCAAGCCCAAUCCAUUUUCUUUAGAAGGUGAAAUGGAAGCUGUAAAAGCUAGGAAUGCUAUUUUAUGUGCUGUGGUAUUAGAAGAAUUUCUCAAGGAGUUGGCAGCCAUUGCUCAAGAACAUUCAAUCAUACAGCUAAAUCCUGAUUUUUGGGAAAGAAUCGGUAGUCCAUGGGAAUAG